AGCUCUUCCAAAUCCCUAGCCGUCGUCGCUCACUCUUCCAACCCGUGAGAUCGCGGCCGCUGACUCCUUCGUCCAAGAGAUCGCUGCCGACUCUUGCGAGUCCGCCGGGAACUGCGUCCCCGCGAAGCCGAAAAUGGACUCGAGAAAGAUUCUCAGGCGCUAUGGAGGUGGAACCACAAUGGCGGCGAUUUGAAAUUGAAGCCGGUCGUUAAGGUUCUGGAAAUCAAGCAGAUAGGCACCUCUUCUCUCCGAUUAAGUCUCCACUCACCAUGCGAUGCUUGCCAGGCAGCUCAGCGACCGCGUCAACAAGGGAUUCGUUGUUCAAUUGAUCGAUUACUCGUGCUGCGAUGUUCAGAAUCUCAGGUCAGGGUUGGUGGCGGGGACUCUGGCGACGGAGGUGUAAGCGGGGGAUUCGCGAACAGUAGAGUGAAGGAACCUUGGUCGCGGGAGAAAGAUGCGUUGCUAGAUAAACUGAUGAGAAGCCAACUGGAGAGGAAGGAGAAGGAGAUGAGGAGCACGGAGGGCAAGCCGGGGAAGAUGUUAAAGUAUGAUGAUGAUGGUAAUCUUGCUUGUUUAUGCUUUGGUGAAGCAGAAGGUAUAACCUUAACUGGUAGCUGCGAAGAAGUAGAGAAUAAUGGAGAAGAAAGUGAUUGUAUCAGCCUAUAUAAAGUGGCGUACUAUUAUGAGACAGAAGGAUGGGGAAAUGAAUUUGUAGAGGCUAACUAUGAGAAGCUAAAGGAUUUGAAGGAUUUUGCAGCAGAUGAUUUCAACAUUGGCAUUCUCAGAUUCCUGGGAUGAUGGUGUCAAUACAGUAGAUUAUCAUGCUCCUCUGUUUGGAAUAUUUAAUUUUUCUCAUUUUUGUACUCAAGUUUUUUUUGGUAGAUGUGAACUACAACUGCUAUUGACGAAUGUAAAUAGAUAUUUGGUUGGAAAUAAUGAUGGUGACUAUUAUAAUUGGU